AUGCAAAAAUUACCUUCAGAAUGCUUUGAUGGCGAUAAAUCGGAUCAUCUCGUCGACAGCGACAUCCGUGUAGUACUCAUGGUAAUAGAUGCUUGGCGGAUGUCGUUCUUAUCUGACAGCGACUCCCCGAUGACGUUUCUUCGCCAAUCCAUCGUCUCAGGACGAGCGAUUGCCUUCACAGCGAAUGCUCAGACACCUACAGUUACCAUGCCUCGUAUGAAGGCAUUGACGAGCGGAGUGGUACCGUCUCUUAUAACUCUACUGGGGAAUUUCUUUGCUUCGGAAAAUACGGAAGACAAAAUCGGAAAUUCUAUCAAAAUGACAUGGUUCAGGAUAGCGUUUUUUGGUGACGAUACAUGGAUUCGGCUUUUUCCGAAUGCUUUCGUUGAAGCUGAAGGAGUGACUUCAUUCUUUGUCAAUGAUUAUACUGAGGUCGAUAACAAUGUCACUCGUCAUUUAGAUUCUGUUUUGAACAAACGAACUUGGGAUGUACUGAUCCUCCAUUAUCUCGGAUUAGAUCACAUAGGUCAUUCUCUCGGUGGCGAAUCACCCGAGCUCAAAAAGAAGCUUCGCGAAAUGGACGGCAUUGCCAGGCGUAUAUUCGACGUCGCUUCGGUAUGUAGUGUUCAGGCUCGAUCCCCUCUGCUUUUGGUAGUGGUCGGUGAUCACGGCAUGACCAGUGGCGGAUCUCAUGGUGGAGGUAGUGAUGCUGAAACGAAGGUCCCCAUGUUGUUUCUGCAUUCCAAUGCGAAAAUCAUUCAGGGAGGAAAUGUAAAUGGUAAGUGGGUGAGGGUCCGAUCCGAAAGUCAAUUUUUGGAGAGCUAUUAG